AUGUCUUUACCUGGUCCUUCAAGUCGUUCUCAGUCAGAUAAUCUUUCUGAAAUUUCUGAAAAACUACUAAGUACAGCAACAAGAACGCAAGAGUUGCCUUUAGCUCGCGUAAAAAAAGUUAUGAAGAUUGACGACCAAGUAAAACAGCAGAUGAUCAGUACUGAUGUACCUGUAUUGAUGUCUAAGGCCUGUGAAAUUUUUUGUGAACAUUUAACGCUAACAGCUUGGAAAUUCACAGAAAAAGGAAAAAGGAAAACGCUUACUAAAUCUGAUGUUAACUUGUUGGACACGUACACCCAUUUCCAUUCUUUCUUUUUUUUUUGUUUUGUUUUACAAAACGAUAAAUUCUUCAAAUUUGGUGUGCUGCUAAUGUUCCUUCAGUUUCAUCGUUUCACUUCAACAUUAGUUUAG